GUGCUCGUUCGAUUCUCUAUUGCCCAUCAGCUGAAACGCCUGAAACGCCAGUACGCGCAUUGAAGCAGAAAUCAUGGCGAGCAGACGAUGCCUCAACGCUCUCACUCAUCAGCUUCGAUCUCUAGCCUCCUUAAACUCAUCGUUUCAAAGCGUUAGAGCUCUUCAUCAACUUCGCACCCUUGUUGCAUCUGAUCCUCUCUUGCUUGAAAAUCCCACCUCAAUCACCUAUCGUAUCGGUCAUACAUUCGAAUCUACGUCCUGCAUUCAGUCCCAAACCGUUCGCCCUUACUCAUCUGGAAGGAGAAAUUCUAGUAAACCCCAGAACGACGACGAUGACAACGAGGCCGACGAAGAUGAUGAUAUAGACGAAGACGAAGACGAAAACGAAAACGAAGAAGAAAUGGGAGAAAGCAGUGAUGGCGACGGAGAAGGAGACCAUAUUCCGGUGUCAAAUUGUGUAUCGAACAGAUCUUAUUCAUUAGAGGAGACAGAGAAGGAAGCAGAUGCAAUAGGGUAUAAAGUGGUCGGGCCUCUUGGUCCUUCGGAGAGGCCUUUUAAACCAUGGGAGCCAGUUUUUGCCGUUGUUCAGAUUGGUUCUCAUCAGUUCAAAGUGAGCAGUGGGGAUUGCAUUUAUACCGAGAGGCUGAAAUUCUGCGAGGUCAAUGAUAAGUUGAUUUUGAACAGGGUUCUCAUGCUUGGAUCAAAAACUCAGACUAUCAUAGGAAGGCCCACAUUGUCAGAUGCGGCUGUUCAUGCAGUUGUUGAAGAGCAUGCAUUAGAUGCCAAGGUUAUUAUAUUUAAGAAAAAGAGAAGGAAGAACUACCGACGAACUAAGGGGCACCGCCAGGAGCUGACCAAGCUGAGAAUUACUGAUAUCCAAGGAAUCGAGAAGCCAGAAAUGGCAGCGGCUAAGAAGCCAGAAAAAGUAGCAGUUGCUGCUUAGGAGCUCUUCACCCAUGAUCAGUGAACUGCAAUAAUGAUGGCUUGUUCCUUUCUUUUUUGACUCUGGGUUACUGAAUCCCCGAGUACCUUCUGGCAUUCCUUAUUUGCUUGAUAAUGUGCAGCAGGAAAGAGGAUUACCAUUCUACGAGGUUGAUUUUAUAGGAGGGCACAUUUUAUAGCAUGCGUCAAUGUAUUUGUGAUUUUCUAAUUAGCAGAACCGUGAGUAGAAUCAGAAGCGAAGAUUUUUGGAAUGGUUUCCAAGUGUAUUUCUACAAUUUUCAGAAAAUUCGUUUGGAUGAAUUAAGCUGUUUCUCUUUGUAAGGAUUUUCUGUUGGUUGAUCUAACUUCUAACCAGGUUGAAAACGUAUUUCUAUCUCAGUGGGUUUUGCUUA